AUGCCUAUGACAGCAGACGCUUUGCAGCAGCUUCGCGCUGGUGCGACCAAAAAAGUCCACAUCACCGACAUGCCGUUCACGCGGAGUAACUGGCACAAGCAUAUCAACUGGCUAAAUGUCAUCUUCAUUAUCGGUAUUCACCUCUAUGGCUGCAUCCAGGCAAUCUGGGUGCCAUUACAGGUCAGGACCGCCGUUUGGGCGGUCAUCUACUACUUCUUCACAGGUCUGGGCAUUACCGCCGGAUACCAUCGUUUGUGGGCUCACCGUUCCUAUUCCGCUCGCCUACCUCUGCGAAUUUGGCUUGCCGCCAUGGGCGGAGGUUCCGUCCAAGGUUCGAUCCGCUGGUGGGCUCGUGACCACCGCGCCCAUCACCGUUACACCGAUACCGACAAGGACCCUUAUUCGGUCCGUAAGGGUCUGCUCUACUCUCACAUCGGCUGGAUGGUAAUGAGGCAGAACCCCAAACGCAUUGGCCGCACUGACGUUUCCGACCUGAACGAGGACCCAGUCGUAGUAUGGCAACAUCGGAACUACCUUAAGGUUGUCUUCUUCAUGGGGUUAGGGUUACCUAUGCUCGUGGCUGGAUUCUGCUGGGGUGACUGGUGGGGCGGCUUUAUCUAUGCUGGUAUCCUACGCAUCUUUUUCGUGCAACAGGCGACUUUUUGCGUAAACUCCAUAGCCCACUGGCUCGGUGAUCAGCCAUUUGAUGAUCGUAAUUCACCUCGUGAUCAUGUCAUCACCGCCCUGGCUACACUUGGAGAGGGGUAUCACAAUUUCCACCACGAGUUCCCCUCAGAUUACCGCAAUGCUAUUGAGUGGUACCAGUAUGAUCCUACUAAGUGGUCUAUCUGGAGCUGGAAGCAGCUAGGCCUGGCCUACAACCUGAAGCAGUUCCGUGCCAGUGAGAUUGAGAAAGGACGCGUACAGCAGCUCCAGAAGAAAAUUGACCAGAAGCGUGCUAAGCUAGACUGGGGUACUCCGCUCGACCAGCUGCCUAUAAUGGAAUGGGACGACUACAUUGAACUAGUGCAGAAUGGCCGUGGUCUGAUUGUCAUCGCCGGUGUGGUACACGACGUGACUGACUUCGUUAAGGACCAUCCCGGUGGCAAGGCUAUGAUCAACUCCGGUCUCGGUAAGGAUGCUACCGCCAUGUUCAACGGCGGAGUCUAUUAUCAUUCUAACGCGGCACAAAACCUUCUCUCGACCAUGCGUGUGGGCAUAAUCCGCGGUGGUAGCGAGGUAGAGAUCUGGAGGCGGGCCCAGAAAGAAAGCACUGCGCAGUAUGUCCGCGAUGGGAUGGGACAGCGCAUAAUCCGUGCUGGCGAACAGGUGACGAAGCUUCCUAUGCCCAUUCCUACGGCGGAUGUUGCAUAA